AUGAACAACAUCAGAGAGAAGCUGAAGCGCAAGCUGUCGCUCCACGACAAGAACCCAAACAUCGACGAGUACGACAAUGCCGACGACGUCGACGAGGAGACCACAGGACACCUUCAUCGCGAGAUUGAGAAGGCCGAGGAGAGCAACCAGCCCUACGGCAAGCCAGGCAGCUUCUUGAACAAGCUCAUCCUGCACGGCAACAAGAAGACAGAAGACGAGAUGCUGCGAGGUCAGCAGGCAAACACACAGCAGCUGGCGAAGGAGAAUGUCAAAUCGUGA